CGUCAUUGAGAGCGACGGGUUGUUUUAAGCAAGAUGGCGUCAGGAAGUGGGUCAAAAAGUACAGACUUUCGUCGGAAGUGGGACAAGGAUGAGUAUGAGAAACUUGCAAAUAGACGAAUCACUGAAGAGCGAGAAAAGAAAGAUGGAAAGCCCUUACAGCCUCCCAUUAAAAGGGAGCUUCUCCGGCAUAGAGACUACAAGGUGGAUCUGAGUCCAAACUUGGAAAAACCAUUGGUCAUCACUAAAACCACCCCACAAUCGGAGAUGGGCGGUUAUUACUGCAAUGUCUGCGACUGCGUUGUAAAAGACUCAAUCAACUUUUUGGACCAUAUUAAUGGAAAAAAACAUCAGAGGAACCUGGGAAUGUCCAUGAGAGUAGAGCGCUCCACAUUGGAUCAAGUGAAGAAACGAUUUGAAGUAAACAAAAAGAAGAUGGAGGAGAAACAGAAGGACUAUGACUUUGAAGAGAGAAUGAAAGAACUUAGAGAAGAGGAAGAAAAAGCACGUGCAUAUAAGAAAGAGAAGCAAAGGGAAAAGAAGAGGAAGGCAGAGGAGGAUCUUACGUUUGAAGAAGAUGAUGAAAUGGCUGCUGUCAUGGGAUUUUCAGGCUUUGGAUCGUCUAAAAAAAAUCACUGAUGCAACUUACAGAAGCAACAUGGCAGUUAAAAUUUCAUUUUCUUCUCUAAAAUUUAGUCUUUUUAUAUUGAACCAUAAAAGCUUUUAAAAAAGUUUAAUUUAUGUAUAUUUUUACCUUUAUAGGAAUACGCUAAACACUUAUAUCGACCAAUACUGUGAAUUAAUAUAACCACUGUUGUUUACGUAAAAACUACAUAUUAUUUAGUGGUGUAGUAUGCCAAAUCAUUCCCACUUUUGAAAAAAAUGAAAUUUAUAUAUUUAUCACUUGCAAAGCAUUUGUUCAGCUGUUCUAAUUACAGUGUAUUCCGACACCAAAAAAAUAAAAAGGUAAACAAAUUCCAGCAUCAUUAUGAAACUUUUGGUUUAAAAUCCCUUGCGGGAACUAUAAGCAGAAAUGCUAAAAGCUUUGUUUAAUAUAAAAAGACUUUUUCAGGGUUAAAAAAUGAACAGGGAACACCCUAGCACCGAAGGUGCGAUUGCCAUCAGGACAAAUUACUCUGUUGUUCUGCUUUUAUGGACUGCAGUCUCUUGGGAUGUUUCCUUGUUGGCAGCCGAUUAAAGGUUUUCCAUGAAGCAAACCAGGGGUGCAGAAGGGCUUGGAUUAAGUGUGUGGAUUUUUUUUUGGAUUUUAUUUUGUAAUAAAUAUAAUUUGAAUUUUUCUCUUUUAGUUCACAAAACAUUUUUCCAAUGGGAUUGUUCAUUAACUGCACUAAGCGUGCAGAUUCGGACACUGUGUACAAUCUAUAAAUAAAUAUGUUUGUUUGUCUUUUAUUCACUUUGAGCUUAAAAUGAAAUGAAAGGCAAAAACAACCUUAAAUUAGUUGGAAAUGACCCGUGUCUUCAGAAUUCAUGCCCCCGCACACACACUUUAAAAUAAAUUCAUUGCCACUGUCA